UUAAAACGCCAUAUUUAGCGGCGUUUUCCGUUUUCACGAAGAAAACAAGUACGUUUUAAGCAUAUCGCACCGUAUUUUUUUGUAAAACAAAGUUCAAAAUGUCGUACAAAGGACCACAAAAGGUACAAAAGGUUAUGGUACAACCCAUAAACCUUAUAUUCCGAUAUUUGCAAAAUCGGUCUCGGGUACAAGUUUGGCUUUUUGAAAAUAUUCAUCUGAGGAUCGAGGGUCACAUUGUCGGCUUUGAUGAAUACAUGAAUUUAGUUUUGGAUGAUGCCGAGGAAUAUCAUUUGAAGACGAAAAACAGAAAACCACUUGGACGUAUAAUGUUAAAAGGAGAUAAUAUAACUUUAAUACAAAAUACUAAUCCUACUGCGAAUUGAAUUAAAGAAGUUAACCUCAAAAUAAGGACAAUUGUAUGUCACAUAUUUAAACACAAGAUCUACUGCAAGUGUCCUUCUCUGGCCAAUAUCAAGAAGAUUAAAGCUGUGCAUUAUAUAUGAUUAUGAUAUUAUGGAGCGACUCAGGGACAUACUUAUGACAAAAAUAUUGAAAUCUUAAGAAAGGAAGAACUCAUCGACUUAAUGUCUAUCUUGUUCUAUGAUUGACGCUACAGCAAUUGAUUCAUUGACUCAUCUUUAUUUUCUUUAAUUAAACUUUUUAAUGUUCUUCCUAAUGUGGUAUGCAUUUUAACAUACUGCACGUACUAAAAUCUUAUGCUAAAUAUGUGUACUAUGAACGUUUACAGCAUUAUAAAUAUUUUUUAUUCCACAAUUUGUAUUAUAAUAUAACGUAUCAGGUUAUUGUAAAUCUAUGAAAUUUCUAAAGUUCAUUUUUUAAUUGGAUUAAAUUGCGUUUAUUCAAAUAAACAUAAAUUACUAUUGUAAAUGUCAUUUAAACAGGGAUUAUUAAAAAAAUGUUUUGAUCUUA